CUAGACCCAGAGAGCCUGGAGGAGGAGCCUCUGCCAGAGUGCAGAGAAGCAGGCCUGUGCCUCCCCAAAGGCAGCUCCUGGGGACUCCCAGGACCGCAGGCUGAGACGAGACGCAGGGUGGCUGGAGGAAGUGAGAGGUGAACUCAGCCCGGGACCAGGUGGGCGAGACUCUCCACCUGCUCCCUGGGAUCGUCGCCCACCAUGGCUGUGGCCCAGCAGCUGCGGGCCGAGAGUGACUUUGAACAGCUUCCGGAUGACGUUGCCAUCUCAGCCAACAUCGCCGACAUCGAGGAGAAGAGAGGCUUCACCAGCUACUUUGUUUUCGUCAUCGAGGUGAAGACCAAAGGAGGAUCCAAGUACCUCAUCUACCGCCGCUACCGCCAGUUCUAUGCUUUGCAGAGCAAGCUGGAGGAGCGGUUCGGGCCAGAGAGUAAGAGCAGUGCCCUGGCCUGUGCCCUGCCCACGCUCCCAGCCAAAGUCUACGUGGGUGUGAAACAGGAGAUCGCUGAGAUGCGGAUACCUGCCCUCAACGCCUACAUGAAGAACCUGCUCAGCCUGCCAGUCUGGGUGCUGAUGGAUGAGGACGUCCGGAUCUUCUUUUACCAGUCACCCUACGACGCGGAGCAGGUGCCCCAGGCACUCCGCCGGCUCCGCCCACGCACCCGGAAAGUCAAGAGCGUGUCUUCACAAGGCACCAGCAUUGACAGCUUGGCAGCUCCGAGAGCAGAGGCCCUAUUUGACUUCACUGGAAACAGCAAACUGGAGCUGAAUUUCAAAGCUGGAGAUGUGAUCUUCCUCCUCAGUCGGAUCAACAAAGACUGGCUGGAGGGCACUGUCCGGGGAGCCACAGGAAUCUUCCCUCUCUCCUUCGUGAAGAUCCUAAAAGACUUCCCUGAGGAGGACGACCCCACCAACUGGCUGCGCUGUUACUACUAUGAAGACACCAUCAGCACCAUCAAGGACAUCGCGGUGGAGGAAGAUCUUAACAGCACUCCCCUAUUCAAAGACCUGCUGGAGCUCACGAGGCGGGAGUUCCAGAGGGAGGACAUCACCCUGAAUUACCGGGACGCGGAGGGGGAUCUGGUUCGGCUGCUGUCGGAUGAGGAUGUGGCGCUCAUGGUGAGGCAGGCUGGCAGCCUCCCCUCCCAGAAGCGCCUCUUCCCCUGGAAGCUGCACAUCACGCAGAAGGACAACUAUAGGGUCUACAACACAAUGCCCUGAGCUGACACCGUCCCUGGAGCAGUGAGGGGUCACCAGCAAGAGCCUUCAGCCCUCAGAGGAGAUUAGGACCAGGAAAACCUGGGAGGAUGGGGCAGACUUCCCGUCUCCGAGGCAAAUGGACCCGUGGGGCUUGUAUUCUGUCUCUCUCUACCCUUUACAUCUGAUUUAAAUAAACCAUUCUAUCUCAAAGGGG